AUGUGCAAGUUAUCCCUUAACGAGCCACAGAAACGACGGAAGGAGCUCACCUUUACAACAAAGAUCUCUUCGAAGAAGUGGAGGUCGUGGGGAUUCGUAUCUUUGUUGCCAAGAGAGUUAGGCGUAGGAGUCCAUCCGUUUACCUCUGCGGCGGGUUCACUGGGAUCCAAACAUAAAGGGUCUCGAAAACCAUGUGAGAAGAUGUCAACAAAUCGUUUGGUUAUACGUGGCCCUGCGCUUAGUGUACAGUGGAGUGGUUCGUUUGUUGCUGUCGUUAUUGUUGAAAAACUUGCCAGAUUUUUCAGCUACGACAUGUUCUUCGAGAAAUUUUCCGCUGCGUUUAGGGAUUUGGCCUUUGACAGACAUUUCCCGAUGAGGAAAUGUCAGGGACUGUUUUUUCAAGUAAACGAGCUCGAAAGGUUGCGACAACGUCACUUUAAUAGGAGAGGUGAAUGUGGGCUUAGCUCAACCGGUGGGUUCUCCAGACAGUGUUGA